UUUCCCAAUAUGUUUAUUUCACAAAUUCUUGCUUUCUGUUUCUGAAAGAGGGCAGAGGUUAUGAUAGGCUCAAGUUCCAACCCGCGGCUGCUAUUCUCCUGUUGACAUUGGCUGUAUUACUCGUACAAUAUCCCUAUUGUUGUUCAUGGGUGCACUUGUUAGAGUUUAUACCAAUUUGCUCAAUCACCUCAACUAUCGUGAAAGAGAUCCACAUAUGAAGAGCCUGGAGAAUCAAACCCAAUAGCACAUUCACCGAUAAAGUUUACAGCAAAUGUUGCUUCGCCGCUGACCGCUAAAAAGCUUUGACCGUCUCGCUGCCCGGGUCUAAAUCAUAAUUAGACACGCAGCAAAUCAAUCAUUGAGCACGACACGCCUCCUAGCUAUACAUUCAAAUUGUCGCAUUCUCGUGGGUGCAGUGUUGGGCACUGGUUACCACAACACGGUUGUCACACAUCGUCCAAAAUAUCAACUUCUACCGCUUCCAUGUCUUUUCACACGGUCGUAAAUCAGGCGAAACACCUUCGCAACAUGAUCUGACACUGCUGAGGACUUUGUCUAUUUGUGGUUCCAAGUGUUGUUCGAUUCAUUAUCUGGCUUAUCGCCAGCGAUCAGGAAACCAUGUUGGGCAAGCUUUUCAAUCUUACGUCUGGCGCUGUCGGAGGCCCAUUGGCUCAGCCGACGUCACCAAGCCUCAGAUUGCCCCCCGAAUCAGUUCAAGAAGAAAUCCAUACACGUAGCCUGCUGUUUCCAGACACACAGGCUCUGUUUCACCGCGAAGACCAAGUGUUCCCCCUGCCUGCAUUGAGUACUUUGCAUCCGACUUCGCAGGCUAGUGCGUAUGACUAUGAGGCAGAUGUUGAUUUCGACGUGCGCGACGUUCGCGUCAUUAUCAUGCAGGAUACUCUGGGUAACGUUAAUCCUUCGCUACUGUUCGAUAGCCAUCCUGGCAAUACUCCCGAACGACCAGCUCCUGCAUCUGCUGGAAGCUCAUCUCAGUCCACCUCUCAGGAUACUCGGCGUGUCCCUGUAUCACCGAGAAAGGGAAGCCAAGGCCAUAUAACAAGGCCAUUAGUGAUACAGCCUGGAAGCCCUCAGCCUCGACAGGGUGCGUUUGAUAGAAGAGGUUCUAUACAGUCGCGCACCUAUAGCUUUGCUGAAACCGAGUCACAACGCGCGUAUAGAGAAUACCGCGAAGAGCUUGCUAGCUUUUCUAGCUGUAUUUUUGCUAAUACUGAAGUAAUGGCGUACAAAGGAACAUCUACGAAGGUACAUGUUAUACCUAGUGACACUCGUUCAACUGUUAUACCCAGCUCUUACGCAGCCGAUGGACGAGGUUCUUUAGGUAGGUCUAGUAUGCGAUCAAGCAGGUUAGCCCAGUCGUUCACAUCGGAAUCAGCCCACCCACAGGCUUCUGCGCACCACCCUGGGCGCCUAGCAGACCGCAAGAAGAUUUUGGUUACUCGUCUUUUCCCCGUCAACCUCCUUAAUGACGAUCUUGAAACACCUCAAGGCGUAGGAGAAGACAGCAUGGGAUUCCCUUUCCCCUAUUCACCGGACGAGUCGAAACCAAAACGGAAAAAGCCGAAACCUGUUUUCAAGAGAACACCAAUGUAUGCUGUCGCCUUAGUGAUUCCUCUUCCUCCGAAUCCUCCCAAUUCAGCACCAUCGGCCACAACCACAUCCAAGUCUACUUUUCGGGCUUCUAGCUCGUUUAAUGAAACCGACGCUUUCCCAUCGUCCCUGGGUUCUGCUCGUCGGACUGGCUGGUCUGCAAUCGGUCCCGAGCCUUUUGAGUCAUACUACAGUAAUGAGGUUGAAGAUCGUAUGGAUUUUGUAACUCAGCACUGGGAUAUUAUAAUGAGGACGCUCUCACACCUCCAGUCAGUUGUUGCCAGUGCCCUCUAUCCAAUGCUUAAACAGGUGGAUUCUUCAGCGCCCGAUCCAUACCCUCCGAACGUACCCGUUCAAGCUGGCCGGAUGAGUUCCGUGCACAGUCGUCGCGGCUCGGAUGCUUCGCAAGUGAAGCUACCCAAACAAUACGCAAAGCUUGUGGCAUUACCUCCAAAUGCGCUGAUGCAGGAUGCACAGACAAGCGAGGAGAUUCAAAACGCUCAGUUACGUAUCGUAACUGGGCUUUGCGCCAUCAGGGUUGUCACAGGCCAAGGUCGUUGGGGACCGUGGAGAGAGGAGGCUAGAUGGGUUGCAAGGUGGGCUGGUAGCAAAGAACAAGGCUUUUUCUUCUUCAACCUCCUCACGGGCUUUCUAGCGACGCAUACCGACUGGCUUCAAGCAUUAAGUCCAAUCUGGUAUAGGCGACGCUAUUAUCAGCAACAGAAAGCUAAGAAUGAGGAAGACACUUCUUUGCCCUCUCGCACAGUGAUCGUCGCCAACGAUAAAAUGGCCGCACGGAGGCUGAUUUUUCUCUUAUCGGCAUUCUUGCCUGCGAACCAACAGCUUCCAGCAGUCCGCGCUCAGCGGCCAGCGACGUCUGCAUCCUUCGGUGCAUUCAGUCACUCUCCACCGUCAUAUAUUGUCCCGAUCAAUAAAGAGGAGUCAUUACGGCGAAAGAUCAAUCGUCGUCAAGGUCAAAGAGCUCCAUCACAUAGUCGGAGUUUUAGCAUCCAAUCACAGGCAACUACGCGAUCAAUGACAGGCAUACCGGCUCAACUGGCACACCUUAGUAUGGAUGGCCAACAUCACGAGCGACGCUCAUCCGAGUUCUUCAAACCAGCUCACCUGCCUAUAGCUUCUAGUGACCUCAAUACUAGAAAAAGUAGUGCCGCAACAACAAACACCGUCUUGCCUGACGAAGCCGUCGCACACUUCUCCACUGCUCAAAGGAGUCUGGACCAUGUUCGAUCGGAUAACCGUGGCAGCAUGGCAGCUGAUGACUUAAAACGGUCACUUAAGCGGGUCGACAGUAUGGGUCACUCCAGCCACGGAAGCACCCAUUCACGGCAGAGCUCACGAUGGGGUAGCGUUAUUAGCGGACUAUGGGGUACUCGGCGACGGGAUUCAGCUUCAACAUCUCAGACGCCAGAUACUUUAGGACUGUACGACAGCCCUAUUGGAUCGCCCACCAAAGCAGUUUUCGCAAAGAAAGAUGAGCUUUCUCGAACGGACAAACAAGCAGAUGUCGGGCCUACCGAGGCAAGUAGUGAACAAAGGAUAAAUGAAACAGAUGAAGGCGAACCAGAUACUCCACGAAAACAGGUAGCCAAGCAGUUGGACCCUCAGACCAGAACACCUGACCCUUCUGGUGCUUUUGAAUCCCCUGUCAAGACCUCAAUAAAUAAUGACGACGGCGUAAUUGAUGUCGAUGUCCAGUUCCCGGAUUAUUUGACCUCGUUUGAGACGGCCGUUAGCUCCCCAUCAAGUAGUGGCUAUCUCUCCACACCUGGUAUCGGAAGCGGCCUAGAUAGCUUCGAGCAGUUCUCGCGGCUAGCUAUUGAUGGAGACACCCCUCUAAACGUUGCAGGAUGGCUGCAGAGAUAUCACCCCGACUUUACGUUACAGGCGAUACCGCCACAAAAGGACCUGCUUGAUCAGGUUCGUGAGUCUCUCAAAGCUGAACCAACACCAGCAGUAUAUCUAAAUACGAUUUCAGACCCAUGGCCUGCCGAGCAAUGGGUUGACGUAAGUAGCGCUAUAAUAGCAGACACUACAAACUUCAGCAUCAAACGCAUUCGUUAUCGUCGUCUAGUUAAGCCGAGGGUCGCGACAGACCGAAACACUGGUAACUCUCUUGACCAUUAUAGCCCGUCUAUAGCGACGCCGGCAUUAUCUCCACACGAUCAUCCAAUAGAAGAGAAAUACGAAGAGGAAGAACUAGUAACGUUAGACGAAGCACUGAUCGAUGCUGUUGAGAAGGUGAUUGCCCAAACAAACGACUCAAGUCGUGGGACAUCUACCACCUCCUCCAGAUCAGUCAGCAAGCGUCGAGGUCGAAGCAAUAGUGGAGCUUCAGAGCCUGAAGAUCUAGCCCCUGAUAUGAGGCUAGAUUUUCAGGAAGUAUCCCGUGCCGAAUGCAAGACAGUUGUCUUAUCAGCUUUAGGAAGCAUCGUGCAGGAAGUGGUAAACAGCCGCGAGAAAGAAAGCCAAGGCGUGUAUCCAGGCGUCAGCUACGAAUCGAGCCGUGAAAAAGAGAGCGCGCUGCGGGGAGCUGUCCGAGCCUGGCUCGAAAGUGUGGAGCUUGGCGAUGGCAAGCCUGACUUGGGAUGAGGCAGUCAGGGUUAUUGCAAAUUCCUCCCUUCUGGAUUCUUAUCCCGCCUGCCACAUCAGAACUGGCGUGAUCUUGGAAAAGUUGUAUGAGUAUUUGCGGUCUGGUGCUCCACAAAGCUGAACAGACUGAGUAAUGUGUUUUUUGUGCGCUAUGAUACCCCCUCGACCCUUGGUUGCAUAUUUACGGCCUUACUUUCCUAAAAAGAUUUUUUUAAUACUUCCGUUCCUUGCACUCUUUAGCUUAGAUCCUUUCGGUGCUGGAAAACGGGCUUUUCAUGACCUUUUGAUAGCGACGGCUCUUAGACGGGUAACUGGCGUUUCAAGAGG